GUCCUGCCUUGCAGCAGGCGCGAGAGCAGGCGCUUGGGACGCGGGUUGGGGCAGGGGCCCCGGGACGUAGGGGGACGUCUGCGCGGUCCUGCGUCCCCGGGACAACCUGGCCUGGGCUCACCCACGGCCAGGCGCUCCGCGGAGGGCAGAAGCGGGCUGGGCCAGGCUCCUCAGCGCCAGGCCCGGGCCGCAGUGCCAACCCCGCAACGGCACCGGACAUGCAAGAGUCGGCGUCAGUGCGCGUGAAGCCGGAGCAUUAUCAGGCUCAGCCAAACACGGCCCGGUUCUUGGGCUUUCCGCUCUUUCUGUGGGGCAGAGAGGGAAAGAGGCCUCGAGUCGUGCGGGCUCCAGGCUCCGGGCUCUGGGUGAGGCCUGAUCCCUGCUCCCACCCGGCCACCCUCAUUCUCCAGUUGUAUCCCCUGCCAGAGUCUGCAGCCUCGGGCCGCGGCGUGGUUGCCUGGGAAACGCUUGCGCCUGCGCAGGGCUUCCUAGGCGCUGGAGUCCGCCGGCGGCCUCGCCGCUGCCGGCCACUCACGGAGGAACUACUAUUCCCAGGAGACCGCGCGGUGGGUGGGGCGGGGUAGUGGGCGGGGCAUCGGCAGGCUAGGUUCUCUCCGCGCAGCGCCAGUCGCAGAGGAAGAUGGCGCCGCGGAGGGUCAGGUCGUUUCUGCGCGGGCUCCCGGCGCUGCUGCUGCUGCUGCUUUUCCUCGGGCCCUGGCCCGCGGCGAGCCACGGCGGCAAGUACUCGCGGGAGAAGAACCAGCCCAAGCCGUCCCCGAAACGCGAGUCCGGAGAGGAGUUCCGCAUGGAGAAGUUGAAUCAGCUCUGGGAGAAGGCCCAGCGGCUGCAUCUUCCUCCCGUGAGGCUGGCCGAGCUCCACGCUGAUCUGAAGAUACAGGAGAGGGACGAACUCGCCUGGAAGAAACUAAAGCUUGACGGCUUGGACGAAGAUGGGGAGAAGGAAGCGAGACUCAUACGCAACCUCAAUGUCAUCUUGGCCAAGUAUGGUCUGGACGGAAAGAAGGACGCUCGGCAGGUGACCAGCAACUCCCUCAGUGGCACCCAGGAAGACGGGCUGGAUGACCCCAGGCUGGAAAAGCUGUGGCACAAGGCGAAGACCUCUGGGAAAUUCUCCAGCGAAGAACUGGACAAGCUCUGGCGGGAGUUCCUGCAUCACAAAGAGAAAGUUCACGAGUACAAUGUCUUGCUGGAGACUCUGAGCAGGACCGAAGAAAUCCACGAGAAUGUCAUUAGCCCCUCGGACCUCAGCGACAUCAAGGGCAACGUCCUGCACAGCAGGCACACGGAGCUGAAGGAGAAGCUGCGCAGCAUCAACCAGGGCCUGGACCGCCUGCGCAGGGUCAGCCACCAGGGCUACAGCACUGAGGCCGAGUUCGAGGAGCCCAGGGUGAUUGACCUGUGGGACCUGGCGCAGUCCGCCAACCUCACGGACAAGGAGCUGGAGGCGUUCCGGGAGGAGCUCAAACACUUCGAAGCCAAAAUCGAGAAGCACAACCACUACCAGAAGCAGCUGGAGAUUGCGCACGAGAAGCUGAGGCACGCAGAGAGCGUGGGCGACGGCGAGCGUGUGAAGAAGCAUCUGCAGGACCUGUCCAGCAGGAUCUCCAGAGCUCGGCACAACGAACUCUGAAGGCAUUGGGGAGCCCAGCCCGGCAGGGAAGAGGCCAGCGUGAAGGACCUGGGCUCUUGGCCGUGGCAUUUCCGUGGACAGCCCGCCGUCAGGGUGGCUGGGGCUGGCACGGGUGUCGAGGCAGGAAGGAUUGUUUCUGGUGACUGCAGCCGCUGCCGUCGCGACACAGGGCUUGGUGGUGGUAGCAUUUGGGUCUGAGAUCGGCCCAGCUCUGACUGAAGGGGCUUGGCUUCCACUCAGCAUCAGCGUGGCCGUCACCACCCCAUUGAGGACCUCGAUGUCCAGCUGCUGUCAGGUCUGAUAGUCCUCUGCUAAAACAACACGAUUUACAUAAAAAAUCUUACACAUCUGCCACCGGAAAUACUAUGCACAGAGUCCUUAAAAAAUAGAGUGCAGUAUUUAAACCA